AUGGUGGAAAAUGCUGGAUUGGCCUCAGAGGCGCGUACCCUUGUGUCGAAGUUUCUGACAAAAGUCCCCGAACUCGCUGAACAUCUGUAUUUGACCUCCAAAGAUGUUUUGAAUGGUGAAGGACUCGGAAUGGUAAAACGAAGACUGGGACCGAAUCUGGAAGUACUUGGUGGACUGAAAGCCAAAGGAAUUGACGUAACCAAACCAUGGGUUAAAAGACUAAUUGAUAAGGUCCCAUCGCUUCACUCACUCAGCCGGCUUCCAGCGGAGGAACUGGAAAGUUUGUGCACGACGCCAGAGGAACCAAAAAAGGCCGAAGAGUCACCAAGUAACAAUGAUACUGAAGGAUCGGGAAAGCCAACGGAAUCAGAAAGUUCGGAAGACGAGGGUGAGAAGGCAAGUAAAGGAGAACUAGAGGUUGUGCGUCAACUGGGAAAAGUUGCCGAAGCUUACAACAGGCAGACCUCUGCCCUACCACCUGAUCUGAAGCUACCUUCAGAGAAUCCAGACACAAAGGCAGUCGAUGAAGAAAAGUUAAAGAAAGCCAAGGAAUUGAUGAAUGAGGCAACAGCCAUGGCCACGGAGCAGUCGGAAGAGGCAAAAAAAGCCACAAAAGAGAAAAUGACUGAGAUGAUGAAGGUCCUUGAGUUGCCAUCGGACUGGUGCAAACAAGAUACAGUCACCCCCGAGCAGCUGCUGACAGAUCUUGGUGGCAUAAUUAACCAAUACAGCAGUAUCGCAGAAGUUGCAGAGUCUUACAAAAAUGAUCUUGACGCCGUUGCCAAGGCGAGUGGUGGUCGCUCACUUCGGGGUAUUUAUUACUCAAAGUAUGCGUCGCCUCAAACAGCUGGAAGACCAAUUAUCUUGAUGCCCUCAAACGUCACUCUGACAAAUCCAGAUGACGCUAUGAAGAUAAGGUACCUUAAAUUCCAAGAAAGCAGAGCGGCAGCAAACUAUGUGCACACUGUCAAGUCGUCAAGUGCAAGUAUUGGGUUUGGUGUGGCUGGAUUUUACGGAGGAUUUGUAGGAGAAGUUAAAGGGGCAUACAGCUCAGAAGAACACCGCGAUGAGACGCGAUCUGUUAAAACGUACAGUACCAGUGCCUCUGUUCUUCAAUUCAUUUGGACUGCCAAGAAAUGUUUCCAGAUAGAGCAAGAGCAAAUGAAGCUGACAGAAAGUGCAAAGUUAAUGGCAAAUUUUAUCAGCAAACUUUCUGAGAAGGACGCCGAGAAGAGGAAAGCCAGAGCGCGCCGUUUCAUGGAAAUGUUCGGGAGUCACGUUCCUGCUGGUGUUCAAACGCUUGGUGGAGUGUUUUUUAGCAUUGCAGACGCCGAAAGCGAGGGAGUACAAAAGACAACAACUCUGACCAAAGCAGCCACAGAAAAGCUUCAAACACAGAUGUCAUUCGGUUUUCUUGGCGGAGCGUUUGGCAUUGGGGGAAGCGUAAAAGCAGAGCACCAAGAAAGCACAGGCGAGACUCAGGGAGAGCAAGAAGAUCAGAAAAAGACCUCUUAUACUUACACUGUUCAUGCAAUGGGGCCAGCGGCGACAAAUCCAGUGGUCUUUCAAAAAUUAUUGUCUUACAACUCCACCUGGGCCUUGAUUGACCGUGGUCCUCAUGAAGCCUACAUACCAAUUUGGGAAUUGCUCAGAAAUCUGGGGGGCAGUUAUGAAGACGCAGCUCAAGUCUUGGAAGUUACCUGGGACGAAGAGGAGGAAAAGAAAAAAGAAGUCUCUAAAGAAUUGAAGAAAUUUUACGACAAACGUAGAAAAAAGGAGGACGUUCGAAUGGAACUGCAAGAGUUAAGCAAAGAAUAUCAAGAGAGGGUU